AUGGGACGAGGAAAGGCGCGGUUGCGUUUCAUCGCCGACACGAAGAAACGGUCCGAGGAGUUCGAAAAGAGAAAGAAAGCCCUGGAGAAGUCGGCUUCCGAGCUCUCCACUCUCUGUGGAGUCGACGUGGGCAUGAUCAUCUACGGGCCCGUCCACAGUAAGGACUAUUUAGACAGUCCCGCAAUGUGGCCGAGAAACAGCCCGGAAGUCCUCGAGGGCCUGAUCGAGUCCUACAAGUCGACACUAGGCUACGAGGGCCGGCCAAAAGAGUACGGCCUAUCUGAUUUCUUCACGGAGAAGGCGGCUAAAGCGGAGGAAGAGCUGAAGAAGCUGCGGGGAUUGAGGUACCCGAUGCCCCACGAGGACAGCUUUAACUGCAUGCCACUGGAGGAUAUUGAACAGUUGUGUGGGGUGCUAGGGGCCAAGAUUGAGGCCGUCAGGGGGAGGAUUAACGAGAUGAAAGGGUCUGCCGGGUGGAAUUACGAGCAAAAUACCGGGGAAUUUGACGGUUUUGGCUUGCGGGCUGAUGAUCGGCUUAUGAUGAUGAUGAUGAACAAUGGCAGUGGAUUGGGCAUGGGGCAGGGGCAGGGGCAGUAUGGUAAUUAUGGCCUUGGGUUUGUUGGUGUUGGGGUCCAAAAUGGUGGUCUGUUGACCGGGAUUGAUGGGUGGGGUGUGAUGAGUAAUAAUGGUGUAUAUGGGCUUCAAGGGCAUUUUGGGAAUUACACUUUUGAUCUGGGGGCAGGCGUGCCGAUGGUUUCGUAUCCGGUGCCGAGCGAUGAGCCGCUGGUUCCAACGGCUUAUCUUGUUCCGGGAGUUGGGGCAAUGACACAGUAG